GAAGCACUACUAACGUCAGGUAUCAAUUGUUAGCAGAUAAACUGACCUUUUCCCAUUCCCCGACCCAGUUUUCAGAAAAUAAAAGAAAAUGCGGAGGAAGAGGUUUAUAUGGGACACGAUGCCUUAUUUUAAUUGAGAAUUCAGAAAGACACCCUGUUAUGUUUAUUUCGAAAAGAAAAGAUCAUGUCCAUUUACCUGUCGCCUCUUCUUCUUUCGUCUAAUCUUUCUGUACAGUUCCAACCUGUUCUGACAAGUUUCGGAGUUGGCGAGUAGUGCUCCAGGGCCCAGGAAACGGAGGAGAUCUGAGCUUUGUUUCUUCCCCUUCUCCUGAUUCCAUUCUCCUGGUCAAACACAAGGAAGAUCGAUCGACGACCGCUUGGACAAAUGGGAUGAAGUAGCAUCUUCAUCUACAACCCUUCUUCCCAGGAAAGAAGCAACCUGUAAAUCCAUUGACAGCCUACUAAAGUACUCAUUCAUCCAUUCCCAAGUCAAGAUCAAUGGCUCCAAGAAUAAGAACUGCCAGCAGCACAGCCUGUCGAUACCAGCAGUUCUCUGCUCUACUAUCCUCAGCGGUCUUCGAAUGGGUCCUGAUGCUGCUGAUGCUGCUGGAGGGGCUGCUCUCCUACCUGGCUACGUCCUUCGCGCGCCUCUGCAAGCUCCCGCCGCCAUGCCCGAUGUGCGCGCGGCUCGAUCACGUCUUCGGCGACGCGCGCUACCGUGAUCUGAUGUGCAGCUCCCACAAGGCGGAGGCGUCGUCCUGGGCGUUCUGUCAUGUCCACCAGAACCUCGCCGAUGUCCACGGCAUGUGUGAAGGUUGCCUGCUUUCCUUUGCCGCCGACGGCAGGUCGAACCUUGAGACGUACCGGUCGUUGACGGGGAAGCUUGGCGGUGCCGGGAUCGGCGGCGCGGGUUUGAGUUUGGGAAGUGGAUCUGGAGGAAAAGGCAUGGAGAAUGGUGCUUUGUGUUCGUGUUGCUCCGUGACAGUGGAAGUCAGGUCCUUUCCUUUUGCAGUUCUUCAGAGAGAUGAUGGUGAUGUUGGCAUUGGAGGGGUUUUUAGAGAUGUCUCGAGAGAUCGGUGCGUCGAUGAGGUCGAUCAUGCUGGGUAUAGUGUGCUCAAGACCUCUGAUUCUGAAUCGGAGCUCCUACAGCGUGUCGGUGAAUCCAGAAGAUCGCUGAAGGAUGCCGGCGCCAUCAAUAAUUUGAAGGAAGAGUUCACUUUUGGUCAUACAGAAAUAAAGAUUGCAGAUGGCAAUGCUGAGGAGGAAUUACCCAAUUACUCUGAACUGACACAAGUUCAGGAUCAUGUCACGGACAAAAUUCAUCCUGAGAUUCCAAAGGAGUGUCCCAACAUCAAAGCAAACAUUCAGUCAAAUGAUCUUCCCAGAACAGAUGCUGAACAAAUCACUAGAAAUUCUGACACCAGAGAUAAACCAGAAGAUGAUGUUUGGCACAAUGCCCUUGAUUCCACUGAGGAGUCACCACGAACUACCACUGACAGUGACAAAUCAUCUGAAACGAAAGCUGCAACAGAUGAACCGAAGCCUGAAUUUUCUGACAGAACCACAACACGGCAGGAUUCCUUCAUAGUUCAUCAUGACCUGAAGCUGCUGCUCUCACAGGUCUCCACCUCUUACCGGACACCUGAUCCCUCGGACGUCUUCGCCGCCGAUACACCGAACUCACAGGAACAGCAGCAUGAGCAGGCCGUACUGCGCAACAUCACCAGAGUGCUCUCUCUGCAGAGGAACUACUCAGGUGUCUCUGACGGCAGCAUGCUCAACACUGAAGGUGAAGCAGAAGAAGGAGGAGAAUGCAGCAGCACGGUUGAUGCGCUGAGGCGGCAGGUGGAGCUGGACCGCAGGUCCAUGGCGGUGCUGUGGAAGGAGCUGGAGGAGGAGCGUAGCGCGUCUGCGGUGGCGACGAGCCAAGCGAUGGCCAUGAUCACGAGGCUGCAGGAGGAGAAGGCGGCGAUGCGGACGGAGGCCGCCCAGUACCGGAGGGUCAUGGAGGAGCAGAGCGCGUACGACCGCGAGGACGCCGAGAGGCUGGCCGGCGAGGUGCGGGAGCUCGAGGCCGAGGUCAAGAGGUGCAGGGCGGAGCUCAGCGACCAGGCGAUCGCAUGCGACAUCCGCGACCAGAUGCGGCUCUUUCCGCGCCCGAGGGGAGGUCGCAGCGUGUCCGGAUUAUCAGCAGGAGAAGAAUCCUCCGGCGGCUUCGGGGACGAGGAGAACGCUUACAUCUCGAAGCAGCUGAGAAUGCUGACGGACAAGCUCCACCGGUUCUCGAACGACAGCAGCCGGAUCAUGACGCCAGACCUUGCCGGCGACGAACAAGAAGACGUAAACGACGGUGGCGAGGAGGAGGAGGACAGAGCGGAAACCUCCGAGGUCGGGAGGCGCGUGAGGAACGCUGACAACUUCACAAAAUGGCAGCAGCUUCAGUACAUGGAGGUGACCAAGGUUCGCGGUGGAGACAACGGCGCUGUGGUCGGCGGCGAGAGCGAGAACAUGGCGGUACUGGAGGAUGAGAUCUCCGAGCUCAGCGGGAGGCUGCAGGCGCUGGAGGCAGACCGGAGCUUCCUGGAGCACAGCGUGAACUCGCUGAGGAACGGAAGGGAAGGCGAGGCGGUGAUCCACGACAUCGCUCACAGCCUCAGAGAGCUGCGAAGGACCCUCGGAAAUGAUGUGUUCGAUCGUUAGCUCACAAAGUUUCAGAAGUUUCAGUGGUUGGUCAUGUGACAUUACUACAGAGUACAGAGGUUGUAAAUAAUGAUGAGACUGGUUGAUUCCGCUAUGGGCUAUGGAAAGCAUCUGUGAAUCCUGUGGCUGAACGCGAUGGUGGGUUUCCAAGUUCGGCGGGAUCUUUUUGCGUGGAGUGUUUGUUGUGCAAUGCAUCCAAGAAUCAGAGUGUAUGAUAGUUGACUGAAUUUGCACCUCUUUUGUGUACAUAUUUUCUUUUGCACAUCUAUCUGUUUGUCGUCUACAGUUUUCUUAGUCCUUGCUUUUGGGUCAAAUAUACUCAUCAUCGUCCUCAUCUCAAUCCAUAUCUCCUGUAGACUUAAAGUUGUAAUUACAUGUUGCAAGAAUUGUGUACAUCUAA